AACAGUCCCCCCUCCUCCCCACCCCACGUCUUUGGCAGUGGUUCUCCCCAGCACUCUGCAUCUCUCCAGCAGCGGACUCAAGGACCUGUGUGACCACCGCGACGUGCAACAGAAGGGUCUCUGACAAUACCGGACCAUACAACGCACAGGACAACUUCCCCUCACAAUAUUACGCAUGGCUCUGCCUUUGCGCAAAAGCGCGACUCUAACAGCGACUUGGAAGUAACUGAUGGGAUUGUAAGACAAAAAAAGACAGGGACAACUAGAAAAAGACGAUUUGAGGAUUUUUCAAGAGCUUAUUCUCUUUGAGCAAAUAAUGAUCUCCAAAUGCAUAAAGGGGCACUUCAUUCUUACCGUGUAAUUAUCCUGCUGUAGGUGUAGCUCCGACGCAUAACCAGAAAUUCAAAUUUCAAACGGAGAUGGAUCUGUGGGGAGUUUAUCUCUUUCAUCUUAUAACUUUGGCUCUGUUAGAGGUUGUACAUGCCAGCAGAGACUGCUUGGUGGCCGGAGACUCGUGCUCGAGUGAUGAGACUUGUAGUCCACGUCUUCGUACUUUGCGCCAGUGUGUGGCAGGCAAUGGCAGCAUGAAACUGGGCCCGGGUGCCAGGAGCCAGUGUGCCAGUGCAGUGUCUGCUCUGCUGUCCAGUCCUUUACAUGGCUGCCAAUGUAAACGAGGAAUGAAGAAGGAGAAGAACUGUCUAAGCAUCUACUGGAGUCUGCACCAGUCUAUCAUACAUGGACUCAACCUAGUGGAGAGUUACCCUUAUGAGACAGUGGAGAGGGAUUACAACUAUGUCCGCUUGGCCUCUAUUUCUGCUGACUCUGAUGUUGGCAUGACAACUGUGAAUCGCUGCCUGGAUGCAGCCAAGGCUUGCAAUGUGGACGACUUGUGCCAGAAGCUCCGCACAGAAUAUGUCUCGGCUUGUAUCAAACCCACUGCCAAGUCAGGCCUGUGCAACCGGCCCAAAUGCAAUAAGGCCCUGCGCAGGUUCUUUGACCGUGUUCCUGCUGAUUAUACACAUGAGCUGCUCUUCUGCCCAUGUACGGACACAGCCUGUGCAGAGCGUCGAAGGCAGACCAUUGUACCCAGCUGCUCAUAUGAAACGGUGGAUAAACCCAACUGCAUUGCACAGAUGAGGAUCUGCAAAGCUGACUAUGUGUGCAGGUCUCGUCUGGCACAAUUUCAGUAUGACUGCGAACCGUCCAAAACAUCUGCCAGUGGCUGCAAGCAAGAGAACUAUGGAGCCUGCCUCCUCGCCUACACAGGGCUUAUAGGAAGUACAAUAACUCCCAACUAUGUUGACAACUCCACGUCCAGCGUAGCCCCAUGGUGCUCAUGCUCAGCCAGUGGGAGCCAGAGAGAAGAGUGUGAGAAUUUCCUGGGAUAUUUCACAGACAACAUCUGUCUCAGUAAUGCGUUCAUGAUGUUUGGAAGGGAAUCAGACCAACAGCCGACUCACAGCCAGUACAGCACAACCAGCCAAGGCAGAAGAGAAAACAGCAGCACCACCUCUCCACCCGGAACCAUAGAAACUAUGAGGAACAUUCUGGAUACAAUAAUACCAACACAGGUCUUGGGAAAUGAAUUACUGGUGGGCCACUCCACCAUGUCAUCUAACAGUCUCCUAAACGCUGCCUCACCUCACAGUCUAAUGCUUCAAGCUGCCUGCAGCCUUCUGUUGCUACUCCUUCAAAUCCUUAUCAAUGAACGCUAAAGAGCACAGGGGGGCAUGCCAAGGAUUCUCCUAGUACCAAGCAGAUGGGAGGACCUGUGCAGUUCAGAGGAAGUGGACCGUGUGGCGUUAUUCCUCCCUCUAAAUUUGUACAGCGAUUCUGUUCUUCUAUUUUUCUGUCUAAAUAGUCCGGUUCCACAUGUCAGAGUUCUCAUUCUGAGUGUGGGAGCCUUUUACAGACAGAUGCCUGUCUGUGCAUUUGUAUAUUAUUGCGAUCAAGCUGAAAUGAAGUCAAGGUACUGCUUCUGUGGACUAGCUAAGUUUUCAGCUAUCUCUGUGUAUCUCUAUUCAGUUAUAAUAUAACAAAUGUGUAUGAUAUUUAGACAUGAGGUAUGUACUGUGAAGAUUUGUAUUAUAAACAGAGGCUCUUGUUUAAAUAUGGUUCUGAAAAAUGACUGGAGAAAACUUUGUAUGUGCUCGGUGGAUAGAGUGUUCAGAAAGCUGCUGGAGAAGAUGGGGCAAUAAUCCCAGUCUCUUCAACUGAGUGAAAGAGGACCAUUAUACCUGACCAAUACUGGAAUUGUCGAGCGACCAAGAGACAACAGAGCUGCAUUUCACUCAGACAUCCUGGACUAAUGCACUGAUUCCAAAAAUGUCUAGCACAACUAUCAAGAAGAGAUGUGGCGAAUAAGAGAACAUAAGAAAAACCUUGACAUCAUCAUCAUCAUCAUCUUUUCCAUUAAAACUGUCCCUUUCUCAAACUCCCUAGCAACAUUUCACUUUUUAUCGCUAAAACCUCAGAAGCUGUUGAUGGAAAAUAUGAGUCCUUGGUCUUUAUCAGCGAAGGUGACUUCUGGGACUUGAAAGGAAAUAACCAGAGAAGUUGAGACUCUUUACCUGUAGCUGCUGUGCUUUGUGUUUGUGAGUGUAAUGGCCCUUUGUUUCUCAUUGUGUAAGUGACCAUUUCUAUACAGAGCUCUGAAUUUUUGUGCCAGAGAACAAAGUGAAUGGUUUUACUUAUUGAGGUGUCGCCAACACCAGUAGGGAGCCUGUUAGAGAUUUGACAGUAAUGAAUGAUUCAGUAUUUCCUGUUCUGGGAACAUGCCAACCAGAGGAGUAGCAAAUAAAAGUUCUCCGAUCAUUAUGAA